AAAAUUACAAUGUCUUAUUACUCUGGGUUUCAAAACAGAUAAUAACUCUAGCAAUAUGAACAAUUAUUACAAUUGCUUCUAGUCACCCUAAAUAAGAGAUUGGUCAAGUUUUAUUAAAACGAGGAGUGUGAUGAAUUGGCAUUUCGUAAUAUUUUCCACAGAAUUAUAUCUGGACUAAAAUCCUUAGAAUAAUAGUAAAUAUAGUGAUAUCUAUAAAAUAGAAAAUUUAUGCCUCCAAGAUUCAGCGAGACAGUUAAAAUUUUAUUUGAGAUUUUGAAAUUAGAAGAAUAGCAAGAAGUAUCAAAAUAUCUAUAUAGAGUGAAAGGUUAUACAUGAAUCCAUAAUUUGAUUAAAUUUCCAGAUAAGCCAAUAUCAUAAUGAACCAAGAGAAGAAACCAAUACAACAUUUCUAAUACAAAUUAUAAGAGGAUCAUUAAGAAAUGCCACCUCAUCCAUUAUUGCAAGUUGAACAGAGAUAAGAAUCAAAUAAGUUAGAUGUUGUUUUUGACAAGCCAGAUAAAUAGGAGAAAUUGGUUAAGCUAGAAUAAAUUGAUAAAAACAAAAAAUAUGAAAGUGGAAUAACUGAAAUAACUACACCUCGCAAAAUUAAAGAAUCAAUGCAACAAUAGUAAUUCGGCUAAUAACAAUAAUAUAAUUUAAUACCAAGAGAAUUCAUAAAUUAAAUAGAGGAAUGUGUUACUAGAAAUGUUUUGGAUAAAUUGAGUUUUCCAAAAAAAUUUAAGAAAAAAAAAUAAAGAUCAUCAUCAAAUUCAUUUUAAUUUAGACAAGUUCUUCUAACAACCAAUGAUAAAUAGAAUUAAUCUUUUUAGUCAACAAAGAGAAAAUUCAACAACUUAGUAUGA